AUGAGCGAAAACGAGCUACUUAGACUGCUGAAGAGUCUGAGUGUCUCGCCCUCAUAUCGUUCCCACGGCCGUGGGGGUCCGAAGCGCUUCUUCGCUGCGGCGUCGUCGUUACCGCCGGGAGACUGGCUCUUGCGGCUGCCGACCAUCUUAGCCAAAGACCCUCGACGCAUCCACUCUUUGCCCGCAAAAGAGCUCGCCCUUUCUCUCCACGCCAUUUCUCGCCUCUGGCUCUCGGCAGGAUGGCGUCCCGACCACGGAGGCGGUGGACUUGAUUCGAGCGCUGAGAAACGCGCUACUGCAAAAACCUGCCGUUCUAGGCACCCUCACCGCCCUCGAGAGAACGGUGGAGAGAAAUUCGGGGGAACGCAGCGCCUGCCAGCUCGACAGGAUUCGAAUCCGAUGCGGGGCGAGGGGAAAACGGAUUGUUCGGAUAACAUUCAAGGCAUCCAUAGCGAAAGUUCAUCCCGAGACGCAUCUUGUCUCUCCGAUGUCUGGGAAUCGGACGCGACGGACCCUCACGAACUUUCUCUUAAACCGGGGUCGCCGUGGCUAUGGAUUUUUCGAGCCUUUGAGGAGGCUUGUACUUCCUGCCUUUUGAGGCAGCUUGCUCACUCCCGCAAUCACAUUGUUGGCUGGACAGCACGGCAGAGCUACGCGAAAAACCAGGACGGGAACGGACCCACCAUGUGCUCGGGGUUUGCUUCACUCCGUCCCUCUGGCUCCAGCGGCACAGCUGUGCCUUCCGAAGUCGAGACUGAGAGAGAAUCCUGUCAUCUCAACCGCAAGGCUUGUGCUUCCUCUUCCUUCGUCCCACCUUCCUUGUCGCCCAACUUGUCCCGGCUAAAAGCGAGCGAAUCCUUUUUUGCCGCGCGACGUCUACCUUCGCCGGUUGACUGGACUGACGACUUCCAAGCUGCUGCUCGUGGUAGAAGAGAAGAAACUCCAAAUCUUGGCUCCUUCCCCCCGGCGAGAAAAGCCGGUUUUGAGACGGUUUGUGACCCGUACACUCGAUCGAUGGUGACGGCACCCCCGCAUCUGCUGCUUCCUCAAGAUCUGUCCAUGUUUCUUUCUUCUCUCCUCUCCCUAGGCGUGCGUCCCUCUGCCCCGUUUCUCGCUGCGGCUUGCUGCUACGUCUUCGUCUACGCCCCUCAUUUCCCCCCUCAGGCCCUCGUACUGGCCGCCUACAACAUCUGUCGGACUGUCUCUCUGUCCCCGUCAGGGCGUGCUUUCGUCUCGCUCGAGCACGAAGGCUUCGCUUCUUCUCUUGACCACGCCUCUUCUCACCAGACCAACCUUAUUAGGCUUCUUCUGACGCAGUCAAUCGCCGUCUCUCCUCGUUUCCCUGAAGCUGCUGGUGGCUGUGUGUCAGCUUCGUCUCCGUCUGUCUUCCCGCCUUCGUUGCCUUCCUCUGGAGUCUGCUCGUCCGUCAGCGGAUUCUCCGAUGUCUCUCUCUCCCCUCAGUUCCCUUCCUCUCCAACGGCAACAGGAGUCCCUCCUUCCGUGCCUCCAGGCUCCCACGGCCACAGCGGCCGGAUGUCUCCGCAUGCGUCUGCACAGGGUUCACCCCCUCGAUUCGCCUCGCCUCUGCAGCUUCUCGCGGCCGCGCUCCUAGGGGAAAUGGCUGCAAAAAGUUCCACACUCAAGGCAGUCGACUGGUGCUGUGGACUCCAGGCGCUUCAUCUCCUGUCUUCCCUGAUCUCGCCUUUGAGCGCGAUCAGAGACAUAUCUUUAUCUCCUGUGAAGGACUCUUCUCGCUAUCCAUUGAACCUUUCGUGUUCUUCUCUUAGCGAUGCCUCUGCACAUCACACACAGUCUCCCUCGAGUUUCGGGUCGUUUUUAACUGGGGAACCGGGCUUUCCGUCGUUUUCCCCUUUCGGCCUGACGCGUGCUUCCCUCUCGUCGGAGUCAGUUUCUCCUUUAGCAGAGGCUCCUCUUUUUCGUGACUCCAAGUUCUCCUCGCUGCAGCACGAGACUGUGCGAGCAGCUUUGGAUUUGGCGGCACAUGUGGCGCAGACACCUGGCGGACAGCAGUCUCUGUUCGGUCUUGCGAAUCGUGGAAGCACAUCUGCGCCUCCUGAAGCUCUGCAGGCUCUUCUCAGGUUGCUCCCGCCACAGAUCCAGGACUUCCCUGCAACGUCUCUUUCGAACACAGCUCUCGCUGUGUCAAGACUCCACAAAAUUUUGAACCUUCUCUCGCCUCAGUCUUCGAGAGACGCCGCGUUCCCGGGUGCGUUCGAGCCCGCGUUGUCUCUGCGGCCCGGGAGCAGAAAAAGCCCGGCGAAUCGAAUUGAGGAAGGCCGAUCGAGUCUGGAUUCCCAGCCGCGCAUGCAUGAUGGCGAGAGUCCGCCUUCCGUCGCCGCGCUCUUCGCUCCGGUGUACAUCCAGCUCUGUCGUCGCAGCCGCCAGCUAAUCAGGGAACGACCUGGAUUGCCUCUUGUAUCGUGUGUGAUUCUUCUUUCUUCUCUAGUCGAUGGCUUGCGAGCUCUCAAAACCGGGCCGUCUCCUCCGUCGGUCUUCCCGGACACUUUCGGACUUUCGUCCAUCUCUGUGGAUUCCUCCCCUGACGCCGUUCCUCAAUUGUCGUUCCGGACGACUCCGCGUGUCUCCGCCCUAGAGAGCCAUCUGGAGGCGGAAAUUCUCUCUGUUUUUUCUGCCACGGUCCCUCUGCUCCUUUCUCCUACCGCGGUCCUGUCUCGCUCCUCUCGUGCUGCUUCCUCGCCGGAUCACACUGCCACAGGGAGUGUCUCUGCAGUUGCGGAGCUGUAUCCCAAGUGUCAACACGGUGCAGCGACUCACAGUUUCUCUGCUCGUCACGAGCCUCUCCGACUCGCUUGGGAUCCGGUGCCUCGGGACCUGGUGGACCUAGUCGGUUCCCUCUCUUUUAUGAUUGCACGGGUGCGCGAGAGCAGCCGAAAGAGUACACCAGAGCACUGCAGGAAUGAUGCAGUUGCGCCGUCGCCAUCUCCUUCGCAGACUGCCUCCAUCGAGGAUCUGCAGCUUCUUCUCAUGGCAUGUUCGACCCACGUCGUCGAGGCGCUGUCCGGUGUCGCGUCCGCAUGUCGGUCUUCUGCCUCGGUGUCAUUCGCUGAUCCUGACUCGUCCGAACAGCAGUCUUUCUCGUUUAGCCAAGUUGCGAACAGUCGGUCUUUGCCUGGCUCUUCUCGGCGCCCGGCAGCUGUCCUGACACCUCGAGAUGUCUCAACGAUUGCGCUGCACUUGCGUCGAUGUGACGGGCUGACGCCUGCUCUCUUCCGGGCCUUCUCGAACUUCCUGGCGGACCGCAAAGGCCACAGUCUCUUCACCGGCACUGACUUCUGUUGUUUCCUCGAAGCCUUAGUGCGCCUGGACCUGCCUGGGGCUUCGGCUCUGGAGGAAAAUCUGAAGCGGAGAUAUGAGACAAGGGCAGACAGCGGUGAAGCGCCAUUGUUCCCGAAAACAAAGGUGUUUGCCGCGGCAUGUGGCGAGAGACAGGAGACAAGCAUCGGUGGCACUCUCGCUUCUAGCGGGAAGCAUCGUGCGGUUGACGCGCCGCUGGAGCGCGAAGCGGCUCGGCUGUCUGUACACCUGCUGGACGGCGUGCUGCCUACGACGAUUUCCCGCUUCGACGCGCGAGCCCUGUCGAGUUUCGCCUUGUGGCUAGGACACCACUUCCAGAGUCUGCAAAUUUUCGAUCAGUCUGGGGUUCCCGGCGCCGUUUCUCGAGAGCUCUCGACAGAGGCUAGGAAGUCCUCGGCAGUUGCUGCAAGCUUUCCCUUGUCUACCGCAUUAGGUUCUUCCUGGAGUUCUCUCGAGGCGUCAAAUUGUUCAACUCACUUCCACGAGUUAAACCCUCUUCCCGCCCUUUCUUUGGUGGCUACCCGAGGCCAGCUGGAGCGCGCAGCGAACGUGCUUUUGAAGGAGGUUGCUCGGCGAUGUAUGACGUCUGUUUCAACUCCGGAUUUUUCGCAUUCUUCCUCCUCGUCUUCGCUGUUCUCAGAAGGCCGUUCUUACACUGCCUUGCUGUGUGGGCUGUGCAAGCUUCCUCGAGCGAUUGUCGUUUCUUCGCUCUCUGUCUCGCCAGGAAAACCGCGCCUUCGUGAAGCAUCAGACAGUCGAGGCAACACGCAAGCUGCCGGAGAACAAAGCGCCCGAGCGUCUUUUACUUCAGAAAGUCCCUGCUCGGCCAUGUGUGGGGUGUCUCCGUUGUCUCCGUCUCGUCCCGGUCGAACCGCCGAAGCGUCUGCCGGUUUUUCCGGAGAUCAGAGCCCAGGAAGGGGAACGCUGAGCUGCGGGAGCGCUCUGCCUCCGAGUGCAGAUGGAACUUGGUCAGCGAUUUUGCGAGUUUUACUGGACCCGGCGCGUGUGAAGGCAUUUUUGUCUUCUCCUCGGACCACUGAUGCCGAGUUCGCAGACUUCCUCUGGGCGGUUCGGCACUUGCCGCUUCUCCCUGCCUCUGCGCGUGUGCCUUCUUCUUCCUUCCCUUCUCUUCCUUCCUCGUGUGUAUACCACACACCUUCUUCUCCUCCUUGGUUUUCUUCUUCGUCUUCAGAGGCCUCGCCAGCUGACGACGACGAGGCUCUCCGGGGGCUCUCUGACCUUCGAGAGGACCUUCUGAAGCUUGCUCUCGGCUCGUUGGGAGCAUCGGGAGCAGACCAAGGAUCGUCGAGUGUCUCCGCCGCCUCCGACGCGUCAUUGCAAGCCCCUGCCGCCCUCUCGCUUCGGGUCUGUCAGUUGCCUGCUCCUCUUGCGGCGUCCACACGCAUGCAGCGGCUUCGUCGCGAUCCAGAAGCCCUUUCCCGGGUGUUUUUCUACACAGUUUUGCUGGGCGCUACCUCCGAAGAAGUCUUGAGUCUCUUUUACCCCGCGUUGCUUUCGUGCCUCGCUUCCACUUCACAUCGUCACGCUUCGCUCGAUUUCGCAGUGCCUGUGGAGGCCACAAAAACGCCUUUUCUUCAGCAGAGAGUCCUGAAGCCCGCGGCCUUCGUCCUCUCUGCCCUGCGCACCUUCCCGAACACUAGCCGCCGUCUCCGCGAACAGAAGCUGGCCGUUUGUGCCGCUGCUCUGUCCUUUCUGUCCUUCUCCUGUUCUUCUUCUUCGUCCGAUUGGGCUUCUUCUAGUAUGUCUUGUGCGUCGUUUCCAUCUCCUCUUUCUCCCCUUCCGAAUCCUGCGGCGUGCGUACAUGGGACACCUGGCCCGCUGACUGGUGUUCCAGUGGCUCUUGACUACGGUCGAAUGAUUGAAGCAGCGCUGGCCGCGGCGGCCGAACAACGAGUCAAUGAACCAGCAGAGGCUCUCGCCGCACUCAGCAGGUCCUUCCUCCGUUGGGCGCUGAACCAAGCAGCUUUAACGCCAGGCGCCUCAGGCAAGCACGUCCCUCAGGAGACGCCUGCCCUCACAUCCGGCUGGCGUUCGCUGGUCGUCCGCGUGGCCGUGGCACUUCGCUCUCUGGACUUUUCCUGCGCGCUGUUUCUCCUCCCUCUUCUGUCUCCAAUUUCUCACUCGCUCUCGGCUGUCUCGUGCAGUUCUUUCCAGCCCCGAAAGCAUGCAGAAAACGCGACUUCUUGGACUCGCACCUGCGCAAACGGUGUCUUUACUCCGCGUCUCAAGGCGACACCGCAGGCCCCGGUGCCAGGUUCGAUUCUCAGCUCUUCUGCUCUUCCCCCCGCCGUUUUCCCCCAGUUGUCUGAGCUUCUGCUGUGCAUCGUCUGCGCUGCGGGACCGCAUGUACGGCGCGAGCUGCAGAAGGUCGAGAGAAGAGGGAAGGGAGAUGCAGGGAAGGAGAGAAACGAGGAAGGAGAGUCCGUGAAGAUUCAAAAGCACUCGAGUAACCCGAGUUCCGUGUCUCCGCGUCCUCUGGUCGUCGUUCCCGAAUUCGAGGGAGGAUCUGACGACAGAUCCGAUAUCUGUCUCAUUCACAAACUGUACUUCGGGGAGGCUACAGUAGGCCUGCUGCAGACGCUUCUGGAACUCCACGCAAGUUCCCUCGGCUCUCAAACAAACGACGUUCAGCGCCGUCUCGUUUUUCUGUCCCUUUUCCUCAUCCUGCAAGAUGGAGUCUCUCUCGGACUUGCUCUGCCACUCGACUACGUUCGACUUUUGCAUGCUCUGAGCAUGAGCGUCGCCCUCGACGGAAGAAAAGGUGCCACUGGCCACGAAACGUUUUCGCCGAGCGCCGCGCAGGCAGCUGCUCUGAGCAAGGAAGCGACACUGUUCUCGCAGACCGGAAAUCUCCAGUCGGAAGAAAGACCGGACGAAACGUGGAACUUGAACUUUCCUGGCGCGGGCAGUGCAGAGAAACCUGAGAGCAGCGCACUUCACAAAGAGGUCCUCACUGUCACACAGCGUCUAGUGCAGCACGGCCGUUGGCCCGAGGAAAGCGAGGACCGACGCGAAAAAGCAAGUGUGUUGAACGAAGUGGAAUGGAGUCUGGAUGACGAAGUCCGCGACCAGGAAGAGCGGACAGUUGUCGCGGAGGCGCGCCUGGGCAGACUGUACUAUAUAGACAUCCUUGUCACGGGAAACCGGGGAAGAGAAGCGAAAAGCCCUGGCAUUGCGCAGGCGUGAGAUUUCGGCAUUCAAGUAUGAAUCAAAGCCGGCGCCCAGACGGCGUCGAUCGACGCAGUUUUGUCAACAGUGGAGAAGCCUCGCGUAGUGUGCAGACACCUGCCUGUCGUGACAAUUCCGUAAGUGGGGCUUUUGUCGUGCGCCAGUGCAAGUGCUUGCUACGCCUAAGAGCCAGUGGUUCAAGACGGAAACUGCGUUCAAAUGCUUCAGAAAACAUCACUUCCUCAGGAGACGAGUGGCCAAAACGGCAGGAUCUUGUUUCUUGAACCGAAAGUUCCCGGUUUCCGACCUGAUAUGGAUUCCUGGCUGACGUAAUCCUUCAAAAACUUUGGCGCAGCUAAGACAGAUCUGUUGUUCCUCCGCCUUUUUGAUAAAACAGACACCACCACGAGCCACAGGGACUGCAGCGUCUGGCACUGAAAUUGCGGAUCUAGCGAAAAGUGAUGUUUCAGAAAGAUUCCACAUUCUGCAAAAAUCCCUUUCGGUCAGGAGCAGCCACGCAGCUCGCUGCCACUGAUCCUACAGUUCCUCAAGCUGGAUUUCCCUGCUUCCCCUCCAAGGCGUCACAAUUUUCAGCACAGACACACGUUUUCAAAAGCGUCCAGCGUCGUUGACAAAUCAGCCGAACCUCCAAAAAGCACACUCCAUCCCUACCACAACAUGAACGUCCACACAUACACACAUACAUACGUACAUACCUAUAUCUGUUUCGGUGCAGAGGUGGAGAUUUGUGCAUGUGUCGACUGCAAAGUGUAAAAAUUAGCUUGAGUCUGGGGUGGAUUCUUUCGUGUGUGUGUUUGUUUGGGAGAGUUCUGCCGUGAGGACUUCCUUGGCGAGGUGUUGCGCGUC